CACCCGGAAGUGGGCGAUUGGCGCGCGCCACGUGGGCGGGGUGGCUGCGGUUAGCAGCAGCAGCACGCGAGCAGCAGCAGCAGCUGACGAUUAUUGUUCAGCAUAAUCGCGAACUUGCUUUAGUUACACCUCGCGUCGUCGAUUAAAAACAAAAAAGUACAAUACCGAUUGUACGCAAUCCCAAGGGGGGUUAUUUACACCGCUCGCUUGCGAGGCGAACGGCUUGGUUGGCUUGAGGUGGUGGUGGUGGCGGCGGGGGGCACCGUUUUAGCAGUAAGAGUAACAAACAUCGCCGCCUGUGCUUGCUUGCUUGCUGCUGCUGUGUUUUACACGUGCGGUGUGUCGUUGUUGGUUCUGGUGGAAUCAUGCCGCCCGUGCGCAGUGGUCGUGCCCCAAGUAUGGGUUCAAAAAAAGCCCCGGCUGGAAAUGCAUUGAACUGGGUUGGCCGCUGGUACUGGGAGGACGAUGGGGAGAACUGGACUCCCUACUCGGACGAGCAAAAUGAGCUCAUCUGCAACGCCUUCAGGACGAGCAAGAAAACUGUCUCGAUAAAGCUGGCCUCUGGCAUUGCCUUCAAAGUUAUUUUCGACAACAUGGUACAGCAGAACAGCCAGUCCGCAUUCAAGAGGAGGAUCCGGCUUGCAUUGGAGGAUGGAGAUUUCUACGUGUGGGAGUGGGAGGCAGACGGUCCAUCGUGGGUCGUGUACGAUGCGCACAGCUGCGUGAAGCUGGAGGGCGCCCACCGUGCCAAGAGUGCGACGCUGGACCUGAGCACCGGCGGGCACGCGUACCGGGUGGACCUGAACGCCCUGACGCAGACCAACGUGGCCACGGGCACCGUUCGUGCAGUUCGGCGGCAGCCAGUCGGUAAAACAGAUACGGAUGCCAAUCCGGGCGGGAGCCAGGGAGUCGAGGGCAUCGAGGUCAAGCAGGAGGCAAAGCCAAAGGAGGAGGAGAAGCAGAAGGAGCUGCCCAGAUCGACGGAGGGCGGAGGAGAUCUGGUUGGCGGCGCUCGAGCUACGCGGAGCGGCGUCAAGCGUGGCCGCCAGCCGUCACAGCCACCGCUGGAGUCCAACGGUGCCGAGGAGUCGGACGCUCCACCCAGCAGGAAGCCGCGCUCGGGCAGGAAAUCCGUGAAAUCGGAAACCAAAGCUGCCCCGGAAACGAGCGAGGGGCAAAGCGACACUCCUGGUUCCAGCGAAGCAGUGGUGAAGACGAUCGUGAUGAACGGGAGGGCUCCUGUGGACCCGGAGUGCAAGGCAAAGCUGGGCAAGGCGCACGUGUACAGUGAGGGAAACAACGUUUACGACGUCAUGCUGAACCAGACAAAUGUCGGACUCAACAACAACAAGUUCUACCUGAUUCAGCUGCUGAGGGACAAUGACAUCAAGAGCUUCAGUGUGUGGAUGCGCUGGGGGAGAGUCGGAAGGGUUGGAAUGAAUUCCUUGAAGAAGUGCAGUAACCUGUUGGACGCCCGGGAACUGUUCGAGGAUAAAUUUUUACAAAAGACAAAAAAUGAGUGGAGCCAAAGAAGUUCAUUCCAGAAGGUGCAGGGAAAAUACGACAUUGUACCCAUUGACUACAGCACCGACGCUAUGCAGCAGACGACCGAGACGGACGGGGCCCAGAAGCCGCCACCACUGCAGAAGCAGUCGCUCCUGGACCUCCGCGUGCAGAACCUGCUGGAGCUGAUCUGCAACGUGCGCGCGAUGGAGGAGACCAUCUUGGAGAUGAAGUUCGACGCCAAGAAGGCCCCGCUCGGCAAGCUGACGAAGGCGCAGAUCAAGGCCGGCUACGAGUCGCUCAAGAAGGUCGAGAGCUGCCUCAAGAGGAACGUGUUCGGCCGCGAGAUGGUGGACGCCUGCAGCGAGUUCUACACGCGCAUCCCACACGACUUCGGCAUGAAAACCCCUCCACUCAUUCGCACUGAGAAGGAACUGAAGGAGAAAAUUCAGCUUCUGGAGGUGCUGAGCGACAUCGAAAUCGCGAUCAAGUUCAUCAGGUCGGCGGAGCAGACGGAGCACAGGCUGGACCAGUGCUACCAGGAGCUGCAUUGCAAGAUGACUCCUCUGGAGAGGGACCACGCCGACUUUAAGAUGAUAGAGCGGUACAUGACGUCGACUCACGCCAGCACUCACAACGAGUACUCGCUCAGCAUCCUCGACGCCUUCGUGGUGGAGAAGGAGGGAGAGGCGGAGAAGUUCCUCGCCGACUACGGGAACCGCAUGCUGCUGUGGCAUGGGUCGCGUCUCUCCAACUGGGCCGGCAUCCUGAGCCAGGGCCUUAAAAUCGCUCCGCCAGAAGCUCCUGUCACUGGCUACAUGUUUGGCAAGGGCAUAUAUUUUGCCGACAUGUGCUCAAAAAGCGCCAACUACUGCUACACAACGCAGAAGAAGAACGUGGGCCUGGUGCUGCUCUCUGAGGUUGCCCUCGGCAAGUGUGCCGAGCUGUUGGCGGCUAACGAUCAGGCAGACAAGCUCCCCAAGGGGAAGCACUCCACCAAGGGGCUGGGGAAAGUCGCUCCGGACCCCAGCAAGAGCGUCAAAAUAGAUGGUGGCGACGUGACGGUGCCAAUGGGACCCUCCAAGGAGACCAAUGUCACCAACCCCAGUGGCUUCACCCUCAACUACAACGAGUACGUGGUGUACCGGCCCGAGCAGGUGCGCAUGCGCUACCUCCUCAAGGUUAGCUUCGACUACAAACCCAUGUGGUGACGACGAGGGGCCGAGCGGCAAGACUGCGGCGACCCCCGGCGGUGUGUGCAGCAGGAGGGCGCCGAGGAUUGUGGGAUAUUUUGUCGGGUCGGGGGCGGUGAUGUGACCGACUGGUAGCGCGUUGGCCAAUCGCUUGUAGCGGUUCACGGUUCGAAACCGGGCAGGCUGCCCUGGUUAAUAUUGCGGGCUUGUUAACCAUGCAAUACAACGUGCCGUCUGCCUCACAUUGGACGUUCCAAAGAUCCCGUGACGUCGCUCAAAACGAGUAGACCGUUUUGUUGCCAGCAUCACGGUCCAAAUUUGCCAAAUUCAAAAAAUGUACUCGCAAAUGAUCGAAUUGGGAUCACACGUAGCAGUCAUCACCCCCUACUGACAGCCUCCUGCCCAUUUUCAGGCUGGUGCCAAGUCACCUGCUGCACUGGGACAUCUGCCACUGGGGGUGCCUUGGAAUUUUUGAGAGGCUCUUGAAGUUAGGGGUUUUGAAGCAACGCCAUGUAAAUGAACAGAUUAUUAUAAUCCAUUUUCUGCGAGUCAUAGCGCCUUCUUGAUAGCCCUGUGCAAUAAAGGCACGGAUACCAAAUGUAUUAACGAUUCGAUUAUUUGAGCUGGGUGGGAUAGGAAGGAGCAGCCAGGAUGCACUCAAGCGAGCAUUGCCACCUAUCCUGAUUUUUCCCAAACAUCCUCUCUUUGAGGAAGAUAGCUUUCCUGGGAAAUCUGUAAGUCUUCCCAGGAAGAAAAAAAUAAUCCUGUUUUUGUUGUCGAUUUAUGUUGUUGUCGAUACUGUUAUGUGUAGUUCUACCCGCUUAUGGUAUUGUGAGCAGAUUUGUAUUUCCAGGACAUGCCCCAGUUUUUGUACCUCAGAGGUGGCAACCCCUACGCUCGAGUGAGUAACAGAGGUGGCGGCGUUACGAGUGAGCCAGCGAUCGCAUAAAGAAUAUUGUUUUAAUUUCACGCUUGUUUCCCGAGAAAAGCCUUGCCGUGUCUCGAGACUUUUUCAGUAGGGUCCAGCCAAGUUUUCACAUUUGAGGAUGAUGUUGCAAUGUUUAAUCCAAAAUGUAGGGAUUUGCAGUAAACAUUUUUUAGCGUUCUCAGUUACGUUUGUGUGUUUUUGUUACCUCUUGUUGGCCCUUGUGUUUAAACUGAAUCCGAUGCCUUGCUACCUCCGGCCAAUGCCAAGGUCCCAUUCUAGCGGGAGCGGCUGUUUACCCUCAUCGGCGCGCUUGUCUCAUCACGCUCUCGCCCGUGUUGCCCUCCGGCUCUUUUCCUCGCACUGUUUCCGACUUGGGAAAUCCCUCCCGCAAUUGAUUUUCACAAAUUCCUGAUGCAUAUCUUUUUUGUCAAUCGAAGGAACGUAUUCCAGCAAUUGUAUCUGCCACGAUUGUCGGUCGUUUUGUUGCCUCUGACUAAGUCACCCGGAUUGCGCCCAACCUCGUCAGAUCUCGGAAGCUUCGUAGAUUGAAGCCUGGAUAGCGCUUGGAUGAACGAGCUCGGUGCAUGACAGAUAUUAUAGGCUACCGCCGGGCGAUGUUGCGGGCAGCAGAGGGCAGAAAUCUAAUGUUGUACUGGUACUCUAUGCUCCCAUUCUGUGCGCCAUCACUGACCAGCGUGGUGAAGUAUGGUAAAAUAACCCCCACAGCCCCGGCACGGCAUGAGUAGGCCCUUAUCGUGCAGGAAAGGCCUGUACGUGUACUGUCAUGUGCUCUCUGUUGCUGACCACAGUUAAUUACACAUCUUUGGGUUUGUGCUUAGCAACUGGUAACUGAGGCAUUUUUUUUCCCCAGAACCUCAUCCACCACCAAAGUUUACAAUUUAAUUUUUUGUUAAACUGCUCCUAAGUGCCGUAACUCUACAGUGAAGUUCCCGCACGUUGCGAGAGCGCUCGCUUGCGUUUGUUUUGCGACGCUUUCAAUGGGGCCUUGGCACGCGAUUGUUUGAAACGUAUUUGAAAACUGAAAAGACAUGUACUUCCUCUUAUCCUGUGACAAUGUGCUUUGUAAUCGAUGUGUUUGGUAGGUUUAUGCGUUUCUCGCAGGAUGCAGUCUUACACAAGUUUUCGUUUAGUUAUUGCCUUCAAUAAAUCUGCUACGAGACAACA